AUGGAUCUCCCGGUGCCAACCGAAACCACCGAGCGUCCUCAAACUGGCGAAGUGGAAGGUGACACGAUUGCCCCUCGAAAGUCCGAAGGUCGGCCCACGGACGAGCCACUCGCUCAGGUCGCUCCAGCAUGCCCACCUGUUCAGCAAACCGUAUCCAUGGACGACCUGCGCAUAGUGUUCGGAAGCAUGACGAAAGAUAUCUACGACCGAAUCGCUGCAGCCGACCACCGGAUGGAUACAAUCAUUCGCAAUCGUACGCCGGAAUCUAACGCUCAAGAUGUAAGUCUCGACGUCCCCACCCCCGGUCGGGUCGGAGGAUGCACGGUCUAUCGAGUCUCCAGCUCAGCCCCUGAAAUUGACCGUAUGUUCGAAGAGACACAGCGAACUCCCUUCACGAGCCGUAUCACUCAAGCCCGAAUUCCGCAUAUCAAGUUCAGACUGCCGACGAACGACGGGGACAAGGAUCCACGUACCUUUAUGACGGCGUUCAUGGCCGUAGUCACAAAAGCACACUUCUCCGACGAUGAGAAGGAUACAGGGCAUUGCCAGCUGUUCGUUGAAAGUCUGACGGGCAAUGCUCUUACCUGGUUUUCUCGGCUUAGCCCGAAUUCGAUCGAUAAUUUCGCCCAGCUAUCGACCUCGUUCCUCCGACAUUACCGGCAUUUCAUACAACCCGGAGCAUCUAGCAUCGAUCUCUGGGACACAACUCAGGAAGCCGGCGAAACUCUGCAGCAGUACUUGGUGCGAUUCAAAAAUUUGCUGGCCAAAGUAUCAGUUCCAGAGGAUGCCGCUUUGGCCGCAUUUCGUAAGGGGCUCAUUCCAGGAUCGUCCCUACGAAAGGACUUGGCCAUCUGUGAGCCGAAAGAUCUCGACGACGCACUACAUCGCGCGUCAAGAUACGCACUUUUUGAAGAAGAAGAUGCCAAACUAGCGGCGAAGUCUGGAGCAAACCGUCCUGCACCCCGGGACCGAAAACGUGAAGACUACCGGGAACCACGUAAGCACAAUGAGGGAAAGGACGCCUCGCGCGACGCAAUUAGCGCAAUCUCAGAAGAAGCCAGUAACCAAAAAACGUCGUCCAAAGAAGCGUACUGCACUUUCCAUAAGUUCGCCGGACAUUCAACCGAAGAGUGCAAGCAUCUUUCUAAUUACCUCCUCGACAAAUAUAAGUCCGGCGAAAUAGAAGCGGUAUUCCAACCCAAAGAAUACCGAGGACAACGACCUGACGGAAGGCGCGGGCGUGGUCGAGGCCGAGGCCAGGGGACAAGACAAUACCGAGAGGACGGCCCCGAUCGGCGAAGUCCCGAACGGCAUAACGAUGAAGAGGGAGAACUGCCGGGACCACCGAAAAGGCAGAGAGGGCAACGACCGCAGGAUGCGGGCUCACCGGCUCGCGGACGGAUAACCAUGAUACUGGGAACGCCUGAGGACUGCAACGACUCGGUCCGGGCCCUCAAAAAAAGAGCUAGACAGGUGUGCAGCUUGCAUGUCGCACCGGAGGACGAAGUGCCGGCUGGCGAACUUAUCACAUUCUCUUCCGACGAUGCCAAGGGAAUACAACACCCCCAUAAUGACUCCAUAGUCGUGGAAGUAACCAUGGGUAAUUACGAUGUGGAACGCGUUUUAGUCGAUACCGGCAGUACCGUCAACGUGCUAUUCUUAGGCACGCUAGCCAAGAUGGGGAUCUCAGAAUCCGAAAUAAAACCGAAAGCUCGAACGCUAACCGGUUACGAUGGUACGACCCGUCUCGCGAUGGGGGAUAUCAAAAUCGAAGUGAAGGUCGGAGGAGUGGCAAAAAAGCUCAAGUUCACGGUUGUUGACGCCCCACUAAUCUAUAAUGCGAUACUCGGCUCCCGUUGGAUUUAUGCCAUGAGAGCCAUUCCUUCUAUUUAUCAUUUGUGCGUGAAGUUUCCUACGGCAACCGGAAUCUACAUCUUGUAUGGCGACCAGAAAAUGUCACGGAACUGCGCAUUAUCGAAAAGAAGCAGAGAAGGGACGACCUCGCAUAGCAAUUACAGAGCGGAGAAUGCAGCGACGUUCUCCAAAAACCAGCGCGCGCAUCCCUCCAAUCUCCGAGUUGCCAGGUUAUCCAGUAAGGAUAUGAUCGGAGUAGAUCCUGAAGUAGCUUGUCACAAGCUCAACGUGGACCCCACUUUCAAACCAGUUUGCCAGAAAAGGCGCAGACUGGGCAACGAACGAGCCCAGGCAGUUCAAGACGAGGUACAACGACUGUUAAAGGCGGACCUUAUCAUGGAGGUACAAUACCCGGAGUGGCUGGCGAACCCAGUUGUCGUCAAAAAGAAAAACGGCAAAUGGAGAAUGUGCGUAGAUUUUACCGAUCUGAACAAAGCCUGUCCCAAAGACUCUUUCCCGCUCCCACACAUAGAUCGCCUGGUAGAAGCAACUUCGGGGAAUCAAUUGUUAUCAUUUAUGGACGCCUUCUCAGGUUAUAACCAGAUUAUGAUGCACGCUGCCGACCGCGAGAAAACAUCCUUCAUUACGGAUAGGGGAACAUAUUGCUACAAAGUCAUGCCUUUCGGUUUAAAAAAUGCGGGAGCAACCUAUCAACGCCUCGUAAACCGAAUGUUCGCCGAUCUCCUAGGACGGACAAUGGAAGUGUAUAUUGACGACAUGUUGGUGAAGUCGUUAACGGUAAAAGACCACGUCCAUCACCUCACGGAAUGCUUCGAUCUUCUCGACAAAUACCGGAUGAAGCUAAACCCAACUAAGUGCACAUUUGGAGUGACAUCCGGGGAGUUUCUGGGGUACAUCGUUACCGAACGCGGAAUCGAGGCCAACCCAAAGCAGAUAACGGCGGUUUUGGAACUCCCUUCCCCAACUAACAAGCGCGAGGUGCAACGUUUGACAGGUCGGAUUGCAGCUCUCAAUCGCUUCAUCGCAAGGUCGACCGACAUGUGCCUUCCCUUCUAUCAGCUACUCCGAGGAAAUCGAGAUUUUCAUUGGGACGAGCGAUGUGAAGCGGCUUUUCAAGAGUUGAAGACGUAUUUAACCAGCCACCCCAUCCUAGUAAAACCCGAGAACGGCGAGGUCUUAUACCUCUACGUUUCGGUCUCUAGCACGGCAGUAAGCGGCGUCUUAGUCCGAGACGAUCGCGGUGAUCAGAGGCCUGUUCUCUACGUCAGCAAAUCCUUGAACGAUGCCGAAACACGCUACCCAACAUUAGAGAAGUUCGCUUUGGCCGUCGUCGUCGCCGCCCGGAAGUUGCGUCCAUAUUUCCAAUCACACGCGAUCGUCAUCUAUACCGAUCAACCACUUUGGACAGUGCUGCACAGCCCCAUGCAAUCAGGAAGAAUGGCUAAAUGGGCCAUCGAACUAAGCGAAUACGAUAUUGAAUACCGCUCUCGCCCCAGUCUGAAAUCGCAGGUUUUAGCGGACUUUAUUGUCGAGCUUGCCCCAGAACUCGUGGAGGACGCACCAAAAAUCGAAAGCUGGACCCUCUAUGUCGACGGAUCUUCUUGCAACCAAGGAUCCGGAGUAGGAAUCCUCUUGCGAUCACCAACAGGCGAGUUUCUGGAACAGUCGUUGAAACUCGGUUUCAAAGCAUCCAAUAACGAGGCCGAGUACGAAGCUGUGCUCGCGGGAAUACGACUUGCUAGGGGCAUCGGAAUAAAACAUAUUCAGUUAUUUUGCGAUUCACAACUGGUCGUAAGCCAAUUCAGCGGAGAAUUCGACACCAAGAACGAGCGGAUGAGUUCUUAUCUGGCGUUAGUCCGAUCCGCCUCGGCCGAAUUUGAUAGCUUUUCCCUCACAAAAAUUCCACGUUGCGACAACACUUCGGCCGACGCCCUCGUCGCCUUAGCUUCGAAUGCAAAUCCGGACCUCCGCCGAUCUAUCCCCAUCGAAAGUAUCGAUCUACCGAGCAUCGCUCAACCUCAUGAGAUCAACCUCAUCAUGAACGACCUGAUCCCGAUGGAGAUCGACCCAGUUGGGAACGAGCCUCACGACGAGGAAGCCCCCCCGGUCGAUUGGCGGGAAGAGAUCAAACUCUACAUACAAAGCGGUCAGGUCCCUGAAGACCGGUGGCAAGCUCGACGGUUAAAAGUCCGAUGCGCCAAUUACAUUCUGGCCGAUGGAGAACUUCUCCGGAGAAGUUCCAAUGGAACCUUCCUCACUUGCGUCAAUCGAGACGAAAGCGAAAGAAUUAUGGGCGAGGUCCACAAAGGAGACGGCGGGAACCAUUCAGGAGGACGCGCUUUGGCCCUAAAAAUAAAGAAAGACGGCCAUUUUUGGCCAACUAAGCUCGCCGACUGCGAGGCAUUCGCCCAAAAGUGCGAAGAUUGUCAAAGGCACGCCACCUUAAAACACGUACCUCCCGAAGCGCUCUCUCCCGUGACAUCACCCUACCCUUUCAUGCGAUGGGCCAUGGACAUCGUCGGACCGUUUCCUCCUUGCCGCACUAAAAGAUUUUUGCUGGUGCUCACCGACUAUUUCACCAAAUGGGUGGAGGCGGAAUCGUUCAAUCAGGUUAAGUCGGGCGACGUAACCGGAUUCAUCUGGAAGCACAUUAUCUGCCGACACGGUAUUCCCUAUGAGAUCGUCAUGAAUAACGGAUCCCAAUUCACUUCUUACCUAACCAAGCGGUUCUUCAGAAAAUGGCACAUCAAACUCAGUACGUCAACCCCGCGAUACCCUCAAGGAAACGGCCAGGCCGAGGCUACCAACAAAACUAUCCUCGACGGCAUCAAGAAAAGGUUAGGUCGGAAAAAGGGACUUUGGGCCGACGAGCUCGACGGAGUAUUAUGGUCGCAUCGCACAACUCCUCGACGCGCAACCGGAUUCUCGCCGUUCGCCUUGGCUUACGGUGUUGAAGCCAUGGCGCCUUCGGAGGUCGGAAUACCGACGCUCCGGCGAACAAUGAUGAUCGCGGACCCGGAGUUAAACGAAACUCGGCUCCACGAUCACCUCGAUUGGAGUGAGGAAUUACGAGAUCAAGCGAUGAUCCGUAUACAAAACUACCAGAACUCGGCAGCAAAGUAUUAUAACAAGACCGUCCGGGAACGCCGUUUUAAUGAGGGCGACCAGGUUCUGCGAGAAGUUUUCGAAAACACCAAAGAGCUCAACGCCGGCAAGCUCGGAGCAAGAUGGGAGGGCCCCUAUAUCGUCGCACGGCGAGUUCACCCAGGCGUCUAUGAACUAUCGACCAUGGAAGGGCAGCGAGUGCAACACUUCUGGAACGCGGCCCACCUCAAAAGGUUCUACUAUUAG